AUAUUUUUGUAGCAGUGACACUUCACUUUGCCGAGGCGGCGCGCACGAUUCGACACGCACGUCGAGAAGCUGCGUGAGCACGUGUGAAACCGCUGUGAAACGCAUAAGGGCGCACGAGCCGCGCAACACACUAAUUGCGUAAAGUGACAAGUGCUGCUCUCCGAGAGCAUGUUUGCGGCCGCCGCAGCGAGAGCGGCGCGGCCCCUGGCCUGCGCCGGGCUUCUGCCGGCCGCCUACCUCACGCGCAAAGACGAGCAAGCUCGGUGCCUGGAGCGGCGCCUCGCGGACGCGUACCAUUUGCUCGAGCCCGAGCGGCCUUUAGGCGUCGGCGGCCACGGCGUCGUCUUCCCCGGCGUCAACAAGAGCAGCGGCGAGAUCAUGGCCAUCAAGCAGGUGUCGAAGAAGCACCUGCCGCCGGAGGCGCUGAAGCGGCUUGGUAAGAGAGUUAAAGAGGAAGCGACUUUACUACGAGUCGCGGGCGAGCACCGGUCGGUCUGCUCCUACAAAGAAUUGUUCGAGGGCGACGACGCCUGGUAUAUUGUGACGGAACUCGCCAGGGGUGGCGAGCUGUUUGAUCGGCUUGUGGAGCGAGGCGCGUAUUCUCCCGCGGGUGCGGCGGGAGUGAUGCGAGAGCUAGUAGAUGCUGUCGCUUAUUUACAUCAGAUGGGCAUCGCGCACUUAGACCUCAAGCCGGAGAACGUGCUGUUGAAGAGUGAUGAAACUGAUGCCUCUGACGUGCGAUUGGUCGACUUCGGCUCCGCGAGAUUCGUCGGUCCCUCAACAGAAAACGGCGAGGAACUAAGGACAAGGGGCGCCGCGGGCGCGACGCCGGCCUACGCGGCGCCCGAGGUGCUGCGGGGCGACGCGUUUGACGCCUCUGCCGAUCUCUGGUCUCUGGGUGUGAUCCUCUACCUCCUGUUGACGGGGACGCACCCUUUUGAUGCUAGGAAUGAUGCCGACGAUGCGGAGGUUACUCGGAGAGUAUUGGCUGGCGCGGACGCGGCCGGCGCGUUCAAGGGUGCCGCGUGGGCCCGCGUGCCGUCCGCGGCGAGGCCGCUCGUCAAACGAUUAUUAGCGGAUAGACCAUCAGACCGACCGGCCGCGGCGGAAGUUUUAGCACAUGCGUGGCUCCAGGAUCCCACAAGGGGCGAAGGGUUUAGGGACAAGGCUGCCGCGAAGGCCGCGUCCGAUGCGUUGCGCGAGUUCCAUCUGGGCAGGAGGCGCUUCAAGGCCAUGUUGUUGGCGGUCAUGGUCGGCUACGCGGACCAAGCUUUGGCCAGAGAACGGGGCGCGGGCACGGCGCAACUUGGGAGCCGAAGAGCGGCCAUGGACGUGUUUGACUCGGACAAUAAUGGGUACGUGACGACGGAGGACAUCAAGAGAGUCGCUCGACUGUUGGGAGAUGAACUGGAUGAAGCCGAUACGCGGCAGAUGCUUAGGUCAGUUGCAAGGCCGGGAGACGACGUCCUCAAGGUGCCCAAAGAGCGGCUCAGACACAUGCUGCCUCCGUUAUAUCCCGCGCACUCACUCAGGAGAGGUGAUUUGGUCUUCUCAGCAGGCGAGACCGAUCCUGCCUUUUACAUACUGUUAGAUGGUGAUGUCCUCAUCUCGCACUCGUUUCUGCUGAGGCCUAGAUCCGGAUUCGCCUCGAAGAGCGGGAGGGAGCUCUCGUUAGGAUUGCAUCGGUUAAGGACUGGUGAAAGUUUCGGCGAGACGGAGCUGUUGGAGGGCGUCCGACCUCGAGCGUCGACCGCGACGUGUGCCUCGACGUCUUGUGCUUUAUUAGCGGUGCCCGGCCACUUGUUUCAGUUGUUGGGGGAUGUCUUCACGGGCGUCCGAGGCCCGAUCCAGGACCAAGCCGCCGCGCGAUGUCGAGGCUUGGUCUGGUCCUGGGCCUCGGCCCUAGCAGCGCAACCGGACGGCGGCCAAGCGUCAAGGACGUCGAUGACGGCCGGGAGCGUCGCCUGGGCGAACAUGGAGUACGCUGAUACAGACGUGAAGGCCAAAUCGCCCCGAGACACGUCCAAACAGGACCAGUUUGUAGUAGUGGAAGAUGGUGUGGUGGAAGUCGACGUCUUAGAUACGAAAACCAACAGGAGGCACACGCACACGCUCUGGCCGAAGGAUUUCGUGUACUGCAACGAGCGGCCGGGGGCCCAUCCACUGGAUAGUGCGGGGCAGUUCGCUUCCACAGUAGUCUUGGCUCUUCGACCGGUCACGGCGGCGCAGCUCACCUUGGUGCACGGCGACGUCUUCUCGCAGGCCAUGUCGCAGCCGUCCAUGCAGCAGGUCAACACGUAUCUGGUGGAGCAGUUCCGGGGCGAGGUCGAAACCGUGUCGAAAAAGGGGAGGAUCCCGACGCACGACCUCGUGGCGCGGAACGGGGAGGCCCUCUAAGAGUAUGUCCUAC